AGUAGCUCUGCAGAAUAACAGAACAGCCACACCUUCCAAGAGGGAGACUCGCAUCAGAACUCCACUUUCAGAACAAAGAAGGACGCGUAAAGCGCAGUCGAGUGGUUCAAGCAAUGUAUACCCCAGUGAAGUUAGGUUGAUAUUGAAUAUUGGCUAUUCGGGUGGAUACUCAACAGUUUCUGCUCCCCCUGCUUGUCUAAACCUGGCCUCAGUCCCAAACCCCGCCUCUUAGAGCUUUACACAAUUCCAAGAAAUCAGCGCAGUGAAGUUUCUGUUGUGAACUUGUCAGUCUCUCUGUCUCACUGCAGCAAGAAUGGCUUCAAACUUGUGGUCAGAGGAGCACUUGAACUGUCCAGUGUGUAAGGAGCUAUUGAAGGAUCCAGUCACUAUUCCAUGUGGACACAGUUACUGUAUGGGGUGUAUUAAGAACUGCUGGGAUCAGACUGAUCAUACAGGUGUCUACAGCUGCCCCCAGUGCAGAAAGACCUUUACCCCAAGGCCUGAUCUGUGCAGAAACACCAUGCUUGCUGAAGUUGUGGAGAAAUUAAAGAAGACAGGACUCAAUCCUCCUCCUGCUCAAAGUUAUGCUGGACCUGGAGAUGUGUCGUGUGAUGUCUGCACUGGGAGAAAGUUCAAAGCUGUUAAAUCCUGUUUGACGUGCCUGGCCUCUUACUGUGAAACACACGUCAAGCCACACAGUGAGGUUACUCCAUUAACGAGGCACAAGCUGAUCAAUGCCAUUGGAAAUCUGGAGCAGAAGCUCUGUCCUGAACACCAGAAGUUUUUGGAGGUCUUCUGCAGAACCGAUCAGACGUGUAUUUGCUUGUUGUGUACAGACGAGGAUCACAAGAGCCAUGAUACAGUCUCAGGUGAUGCAGAAAGGAUUGUGAAACAGAAGCAGCUGGGAGAGACACAGACAGAAAUACAACAGAGAAUCCAGGAGAGACUGAAAGAAAUUGAGGGGCUGAAACAGGCUGUGGAGUCACUGAAAAGAUCUGCAUGCAUAGAAAUAAAGGAAAGUGAGAAGAUCUUUAAUGAGGUGAUCCGAUCCAUUGAGAAGAUCCACACUGAGGUUAUUGAGCUGAUUGGAGCUAACGAGAAAGCUGCAGUGAAUCAGGCUGAAGGACGCAUGAAGAAACUGGAGCAGGAGAUUGCUGAGCUAAAGAGGAGAAACACUGAGCUGAAACAGCUUUCAGAGACAGAGGAUCACAUCCAUUUUCUACAGAAUUUCCAGUCUCUCUGUGCCCCUCCUGAAGCUGGAGGCUUACCCAGUGUUACUGUCAAUACAGGCAUCUCUUUUGGGGCUGUGAGGAAAGCUGUAUCUGAACUUAAAGACCAUAUUGAGGACUUCUGCAAGGGGGAAUUAGUCAAAAUAACCAAAACAGUGAAUAAAGUUGCAGUUUACAGUCUGCAGGCUCCAGAACCAAGGAACAGUGCUGCAUUUUUAAAAUAUUCUUUAUCUAGAUCCACACCUCAAGCAUCAAACAUGAGAGUCAACACAGAAGCACAUGAAAAGAGAGCCCCAGGCAGUUCCCCUGAUUUGAGGAUGGUCCUGGUUGGGAAGAUUGGAGUUGGGAAAAGUGCCUCAGGAAACACCAUCCUGGGCAAAAAGGUGUUUACAUCACAAGCCAGUGACACCUCAGUUACAAAUGUAUGUGAGAAGGGAGAAGGAGAGGUUUCCGGGAGACGUGUUGUUGUGGUCGACACUCCAGCCUUUGGCACAGACCUCUCUCUGGAUGAAGUCACUGAAGAAAAAUGCAUUGCUCUGUCUGCCCCGGGACCCCACGCUAUUCUCCUGGUGAUUGAGAUGGGCCGAUUCACAGGUGAAGACAAGAGAACAGUGGAGACAAUCCUGAGGAGAUACGGAGAGGAAGCUGAGAGAUACACGAUGGUCCUUUUCACCAACUGGGACAAACUAGGAGAGAAGAAAAUUAAGGAGUUCAUUCAGGGAGCCAGCAAGGAGCUCCGGGAGCUUGUUGAGAAGUGUGGGGGCCAUUAUCACGCCUUCAACAACAAGGAAGAGAGUGAUUGCACCCAGGUUUCUGAGCUACUGGAAAAAAUAGACAGGAUGGUGGAAGGUAACAGGGGAAGCCACUACACCAGUGAGAUGAUCACAGGUGAAAAAAAUGAGGAAGAGCAAAGAGCUCAUUUGUGAAGAAAUGGACGUUGAAGAGCAAGCCAAUGAUAAGCCAAGCAAGUCUGAUUCUUUAUCUAGAUCCACACCUCUGGCAUCGAACAUGAGAGACAACACAGG